GUGGCUGGUGAUCAAAUCAGGACCAAAAAAUUAAUCAUGAAACGUACAGGAACAUUUCUGAAAGCGGUUCCUCGUUGGAUGACGCGUCUGGUUGACGUCAGGAUAGUACCAACCGUUGAAGAGAGCAUAUUUGAUAGAAGCAAGCGCCUGCUGGUCACUUAUACCAGAAAUGUCACGAUGAUGUCGAAGGUCAAAAUCCACGAGCGAUGUGUAUACAAACCUGGUUUUAAAAACGGAGCACCGGAAACAGUUAUUGAACGUGGUGGUCUAGUGUCAACCUCAUUUGGCCGACUGAACUCGUUGAUUGAACGUGUUUUGAUGGUAAAUUUCGCUAAAAAUAUGAGAAGAACGGUCGAUGCCUAUAUGGAAAAGCUUACGAAAAGGUUAUUUCAUUCCUUUUUAUGCGUUUUUUUGCAUCUAUGCGAUGCGGGAAACGCAUAUUAAUG